CCCGUUCGAGCUGAGGUUGUAUCCAUGAUCUACAUGACAUUGUAGUGUAGUGUAGAUCUACGUCUACAUAGUACUGUAGGUAGAGUAUAGUAGUGACAACGGAAAGUAACCUCGUUGUUGGUGGCUCAGCAAUAUCUUUGCCUUCAUUUACUUCGGUCUUUACUGUCCGCAGUGUUAUUGAUAGGGUCACUGGUCCAUGGUAUUACUAGCAGCUCGAUCCAUCAAGUAAUUAGUUGAUGUUCGUCGCUACCGACCGGCCACCUACUCUCGUCUCACAGCAGAGUCAGCAGUCAAAUCACAGACAGUCUAGUGGCUGUCCACAGCUAGCACUAAGCAGUCAGUGCAGUGCAGUGCAGGGCAUACACACAGUCACAGGCGCUGAGGUGAAGAGUGAUAGAGGAAAUCAUGGACACAACCUUGCCUUUCCAGUCCUCCGUGCAAGCGACAACGCAGGGGGAAAUCUGGGAUCACACGGACACGAAAAAGUUCGAGCAGUUCGGCUGGCGGACUACGAAGAACGAUGAGCGGUAUCGCACUGGAGCUGGCGGUGCUCUGAUGGGCAAUUGGGUGGAGGAUAGACAAGAUGUGAGAGUCAGAGCGCGGGAACCUACACUACCUGCUCAGACAUCGCACUACUUCCAGUCGACGUAUGACAAGUCCUUCGGCAAACGUGAUCAGCCAGCACCGGAUUGUCUGAAGGCGGAACCAGCAAAACGCGAAGUCCGUGCAUUUCCCUGCCAUCAGCCGGAGCUUGAUCCGCCGUUCGUCCAGGCCAAUAACAACUCCUACAAGACGUCCAAUCAAGCGUACGGUUCUCACAAGGCGUAAUUGACCACACUGCCGACUCUGACUGUACAUGCAGUGUAGUGCCCGGCUGGCUGGGCUUCGUCAUGACAACACAUCGGACAAGGCAAGCUACAACAUGUAGGGGCUGGAAACCGGGGUGCCAACACCAUGUGGGCCACUGCACACACCUGAUUACCAUAGGCCCAGUGAACUCCAAUAUCAGCUUUUACCAGUAUGUUCUGAGCGAAACUCUUGAUAUGAUUGGUUGCAUGAUGUUGCCAUGGUUUCAACUUUCAAACAAUGUUUGGUCACCUUAUUUUCUCACUGUAUACCGGUACUUGCAAGUACUUUCUACUUUUGGUGCAGCUGCCGAACACUGAUCAGGGUAUAAAUGUUUUUAGUUUCGGUGGGAAUGCAA